GCGUCAUUACUCAUCGCGAUCUCCAAGCAAGCAAGAAGCAAGACAACGGCACACACCCACACACGCAAGACGCACACCAACCCCCACCCCAAGAUAGAAAAGACGCGGGCUGGUUGGUUGCAUCGCUGUCAUCAUCACUAUCACACUCCUCCAGUAAGCAACACCGAGCUUGGUGCCACACCACAGAUAGCCCUGAGCCAACCCAAACGAAGACAAGACGCAAGAAGCACAAACUUGGAAGCAAACAAACGCCAGAACCACAAACCAGAACCAGCCUAGCCGUGCAGCACGACGCAAGACCACAUUCAUCUGCCUCCAUCGUUGACACUGUCAUCAAGCAAGCGACCAAGCAAGCAAACACAGGAGAAGCAAGGAAGAAGCAAAGGGUUGCAGGUGCUCUGCAGCAGAGCAAAGAUGGCAGCCGUUCACGCUCGCCUUUGUGGCCUUGGCCUGGGGUUCGCUUGCAUCGCGGUCAUGGUCUUCAUGAUGGCGCGCUCAGCCUCACCUCGGCCCGUGGCUGGAACCCAGACACGCCAUCACCACCGCAAACCCAAUUUUAUCGUUCUCUUCGCCGAUGAUCUUGGAGUCAACGAGAUUCGUCUGGACAACGUGCCAAAUGGCUACACAGGCAACAACCACACCAUCGCCACGCCAAACCUGCAGCGCCUGGCAAAUGAGGGCAUGGUGUUCCACAACUGGUACAGCGCCUUCCAUGUGUGCUCGCCCUCCCGUGCCAGCAUGAUGACGGGCCGCUACAGCAUUCGCAGUGGCAUUGGCAGCUCUCCUCUCAAGUAUGCACCAGAUGCCCCAGGAGGACCACUACCAAGUCAGGUGUUCUCUGCAGAGGCCGUGGGCGGCCUUCCGCUGAACGAAACAACAAUCGCAGAGGCACUGCUGCCGCAGGGAUACGCUACCAUGGCCAUCGGCAAGUGGCACCUGGGCCAGCGAGACAUCUACCUGCCCACAGCACGCGGCUUUGAGGAAUACUAUGGCAUCCCCUUUUCACAAGAUAUGGGGAUGAGCUUCUGGCUGCCGUUUGACUACAAUGGCAUUGCACCGAUGGAGCCCACGCCCAUUCCCAAGCUGAAAGGCAAUGCAGUCGUGGAACAGCCGGCCGCACUGGACAAGCUCGCAGACGAGUACGCGCAAGUUGCAAAGGAGUUUGUCAUGCGCAACGCGCAGAAGGACCGGCCGUUCUUCCUCUACCUUCCGUUCAACCACGUGCACACGCCCAACUCGUGCUCGCCGCGCUUCUGCAGCACCAGCAAGUCAGGCCCCGUCGGCGACGCCGUACAGGAGAUGGACUGGGUCAUUGGCGAAGUGAUGGACGCCCUCAAGCACGCGGGUGUCGACGACAACACGCUUGUGCUGUUCACCAGCGACAACGGCGCGCCACUUGCCAACGACGAGCAAGGAAACCUCCCGCUGCGUGAUGGCAAGGCGAGCACGUGGGAGGGCGGCUUCAAGGCACCGGGCAUUGCGUGGUGGCCAAACCGCAUCCCUGCAGGCUCCCAGUCCAAGGCACUCGUCUCCACCCUCGACGUCUUCACCACAGUCAUCACCAUGGCAGGCGGCGACGUGCCAACAGAUCGCAUCAUCGAUGGCAUUGACCUGAGCCCCAUUCUCUUCAACGGAUCCAAGCAGGGUCAUGAUUGCAUCAUGUUCUACCACAACGCCGCUGCAGUUAAUGCAAGUGGCGAGCUGUAUGCUAUGCGUUGCGGCGAUCACAAGAUCUACUGGGCUACACAGUCCACGACCACGCAGCCCUGGCCCGAUGGUCCACAGGACCCGCCCCUCCUCUUCGACCUCGAAGCAGACCCGGCAGAAACAAAGCCCAUCCACCCCAAGAGCACCGAGUAUGGAUUGAUUCGUCUUCGCUUGGAGGAAGCACGGCUCAAACACCUGUCCACCAUCUCCAUCGUGCCAGACCAGAUGGCACGAGGGUCCAAGAGCGAGUUUGCCAUCUGCGCGGCACCCGACAGCAAGGCAACGUCGCCAGCAUGGCCCAACUGCACACUCACCCCGGAGAACUGGCAGCCAGCGGGCGUAUGCAACUCGACCCGCUGCCUUCAGACCAACCCGCACUUUCGCACGCGGUGUGGCCCGCGCCUGUGCCCGGGACCCCGCUGUCCACCUGUUCCCCAGCAGAACUUUGUCGGCUGCUUCCACAACCAUAUCCUAGGCAAAUGCGACUUGCCCAUCGUCAUCACAGGCACGUGCAGCAAUGUAAGCAAACCCUUGUUUGGGAACAUGGACGUGGACGUGUGCAACGCCCUUUGUCAAGGGCAUAAUUUCUUCGGCGUGGGCGAUGGCGGUGUAGGGUGCUACUGCGGGUCAACCUACGGCAGCCAGGGCGCUGCGCCGGCAUCGAAUUGCAGCUGGCCCUGUGUCGGUAACCCCUUGCAGACGUGUGGUGGUAAAGACCUCAACAGCAUCUACCGCGUCGCGCCCGUCGACCAACCCAGCACCCCAUGGCAGCAUCUUGAAAGCGUGUAAUCCACUCCAAGUCCAAUGGCUGGAACUCUGCUGCUUUUGCUGUGUGAUGGGUGGGGUGUGAGUUAUGCGUUCGCAGCUGAGCGGAAGAGUUGGUUUGAGGGUGACGCGUGUAUGCUUGCUGGCAAGCUGGGCGCAGCUGGACCCCUGGACUCUUGGAUGUGGGUGCGUGAUGGAUGCAGUGACGAAUGAUGAAUGUGUAAUGUAACCGUGUGUGUGUCUGUAAGUCUGUAUGCGCUGCAAAUCGUGGUGGUGGAUGGAUUGAUUGUAUUGAUUGGACUAUUGGACCUUGAAAACACAAUGAAAUGUAAACAGAGAGUAAACAGAGACCACGA